AUGACAGCCAUACCUGAGUAUACAUCAGAAGAGGUGGCCGCUCACAGGGCCAGGGACGAUCUGUGGGUUACAAUCAAUGGAAAAGUAUACGAUGUUACCGAAUAUGUUAGAGACCAUCCUGGAGGGCCCGAUGUCCUGAUUGACGUGGCUGGAGCCGAUGCGACUGAAGCAUAUGAGGAUGUCGGCCAUUCAGAGGAUGCAGAUGAAAUUCUAAAAGCAUUCCUGGUCGGAACACUAAAAAACGCGCGCGAGCGCACCCGCCCUAAGUCAGUUCGGUUAAUUCAACCUGAAAGUCCUUUGCCCCCUGCGGCCUCUACGAAGACCAAAGGCUCUGCUCGAUCUGUCGCACUCGCCACAGUCUCGGUUGGUAGUGUGGUACUCUCGCUGUACUUCACCUGCCGCAGGUAUCCCAUCUUGACUGCGUCAUGGCCAAUUUUCACUGGGGCCCAGGGCUCCUGGAGAUCCCUCAUUAGAUCACCACAGACAUCAUUCGCAUUCGGUGGAUUCUAUACCGGAUUCGCUGCUGCCACUGCGAUCUCCUCAGCAGUCGGAGCAGUUAUCGGCUCCAAACUGUCGCAGAUGACACAAAUCAAGUCGGGAUUCACUCAAUACCCGCCACUUGUGAAGCGUCGCAAGGUCGUGGGAAGCAAUCCGCAUCUCGCCAAGGGGUUUCUCGAUCCGAAAGAAUAUAAGAGCCUGCCACUUAUUCGAAAGGACACACUCUCCCCAAAUGUGUUCAAGUUUGUAUUUCAACUUCCCAAUCCACAGGAUGUGGUCGGACUUCCAAUCGGCCAGCAUGUGGCAAUAAGAGCCAAUGUUAACGGAACGAUGGUCUCCAGAUCGUACACACCCACAUCGAACAAUUUGGACAAGGGUGUCUUGGAACUGGUAAUCAAGUGCUAUCCAGAUGGUAUGCUGACGGGCCAACAUCUUGCAAACCUAAAACUUGGAGAUACAAUACAACUCCGUGGGCCCAAGGGUGCAAUGAAAUACACUAAAGGACUUUGUACGAAGAUCGGCAUGAUUGCUGGCGGCACUGGGAUCACGCCAAUGUAUCAGCUUAUCAGAGCGAUCUGCGAGGAUGCUACUGAUCUCACGGAAAUCAGCCUGAUCUACGCCAACCGCACCGAGGAGGAUAUCCUUCUGCGACGUGAGCUCGACGCGUUCGCUCAAAGAUAUCCUCGAAAUCUCAAAAUCUGGUAUAUGCUAGAUAGCCCGUCCCAAGACUGGCCCUAUGGAAAGGGAUACGUCACUUCAGAUAUCAUGAAGGACAGGCUCCCUAGUCCAUCUCUUGAUACGAAGAUCAUGCUCUGCGGGCCUCCAGGGAUGGUAAACGCCUCCAAGAAAGCCUUGGUGUCAAUGGGAUUCCAGGCACCCGGUGCCGUUGCAAAGAUGUCUGAUCAAGUAUUCUGCUUUUGAAUGAGCUAUCAAAUCGUUGAUGAAUUUGUGUCUGUAAAAUAGCAAGGCUCUAGUCCUGCGAAAGCUUCUUUAGCGUCUCUUGUUGAACUGUUCAGUACCUUCAUUAUUCUCCAAAUAGAAAUGAUCAUGAAUCGGCCAACGGUCACUUAGUAUCAGAACGAAAGAAUAGAGCAUUACCGAAUUUAUACCUCCUACCCAGCAUUUCUCACAUAUCUGUGUGUCUUACUGAUAGAUAGAACUUUUAUCUGUAG